AUGGCUCGAAGAACAAAGAAGGUAGGAAUUGUAGGUAAAUAUGGAACAAGAUAUGGUGCUUCACUUCGUAAAGUUAUUAAGAAGAUUGAAAUAGCCCAACAUUCCAAAUAUGUUUGCCCAUUCUGCUGCAAAGAAGCUGUCAGAAGAACUGCUUGUGGAAUUUGGGAAUGCAAAGGAUGUGGAAAACAAAUUGCUGGUGGAGCUUAUACCCUUUCUACUAUUUCAGGUGCUACAGUCCGAAGCACAGUUAGAAGAUUGAGAGAUGCUAAAAAUUCCCAAUAA